AUGCCGUCCAGCAACAUCGACCAUAUCACCACCCCCGCCCCGGAAAAGGACUUCGAGCCUCUGGUCGAGUGGUAUAAGAAAGCCCUUUCUCCACUAGCUUACAAGGAAAUUAUGCGAUUCCCCGGUAUGGUCGGACUGGGCAGCGAGUUUCCUGACUUCUGGAUCGCCCAGAAGGAGACCCAUAUUCCAUCGGGGUUUCAUUUUGCCUUUUCUGCUCCGAAUCGUGCUACUGUAGAUGCCUUCCACAGAGCUGCUGUCGAGGCUGGGGGCACAAGCAAUGGCAAGCCUGGGUUGAGACCAGAGUAUCAUGAGAAUUAUUACGGGGCAUUUGUUUUAGAUCCGAUUGGGAACAAUGUGGAGAUGGUUAUCCAUUGCCCCGAAGGCCAGAAUAAGUAG